UUCGUACGCGACGCUUCGUUGUUAUUGUCGUCGUCCUUGUCGUCGUCCUCGCUGACUCCUUCCCUACGGCUUCGAUCCAGAUACGACGAUUGAAACUAUUCGUCUUCCUGUUGGACACGUUUGUUUUCUUAAUACGAAAACGAAAUAUGUCGAAGAAAUUAGCGUUUAUAGGCGGAUCGUUGUUUGAAACUAUUAAAAUUGUAAAAAAGUCUUUGAUAUCACCGGGCGUUUUUUGAAAGGUCACGUCUGUUCGGUCUGCUUCGUAAUGCGAAGCUCCUCGAAAGAGAAAAUCUUCCGAAUAAGAACGAAAGAUCGAGAGAGAAUGGACCAAUGGAACUUGCAAGGAAAAAAAGAACCUGAUUCUCCGUACAAUUAAAUCCCUCAAAAGUGUUCGUUCACCGUAAUCGAAGAGGUCUCAUUUCGAUUCUCUUUCGAUGAAUUAAUUCGGAAAACGUCAAAGGAAAGGGAGUCAUUUGCGAGAAGUAUUACAUAUUCGACAUACCGAUUUUAAAACGAUAAAAGUGUUGAGAAAAUUGUAUGAAAAGGAUCAUCGUACCUUGUUCGAUUUUAUCGAAAAUGCGUUAUCAUCGUGUUACCGUCGAAGCGAUCGAAUCGAUGACCGAAUAACCGAUAAGUGGCACUUCGCUGUAACGCCCGUGACGAUCUAGUGCGUGAAAUCUCAACGCGUAAUGACUCGUGAUUGAAGGAAGGCCGUGAGUUCCGUUGGAACACGCUCAAGGGACACCUAGAGAGCGGGCAUUCGCUGUAUAAUUGGACCUACCAUAAUGACAAGGUGCACGCGAGCCGGCGAAUCGACUGCGUGACCGUGAGUGAGCAAAAGCAAACUGGAGAGAGAGAGAGAGAGAGAGAGAGAGAGAGAGAGAGAAUCGGAGCACAUUCAAUGAUUUUCUCGGCGUAAAACAAAGAAAAGUGUCCUCGUAACGGCGACAACUCUUCGCCCUAAAGCGCAAGGACGCGGCAGGAUUUAAUUAAGGAUAGUAAAAUGGAUACGUCACCGACUCUAAGUAUUGGCGGAUCGAGAGCCAGAGCAGCUCUUUUGACGACCACCGGCACAGGAAGUGGCGGUACCGACAGGAGGGUCGUUUUUCUGACGAGUCAAACGGUCGACGGUAAUGGACACGAGACGAAAACUUGGCCGCAUCAUUGGUCACCCCACACGCCAGGCAAGAGAUAUAAGUCGCCGGAGGAUUCACCACGUUCGGAGCUAAGUAAAGUGAGAAUGUCCCGUAAUCAAAGUGGUUGGUCGGAGGAGGCAGGAAGUUCGGAGGGUGUUCAACGACGAAGCGGAACGAGACAGACGCUCAGUACAACGCAAUCCUUAAAAACAAGCAGCGCCGUUCUCGAAGAUAGAACGUCUUCUGCUGCAACCUGCAAAGGUGGAUUCAGGUUAGGCAUCUACGGUUGGAGGAAAAGGUGUUUGUAUUCUCUGGUCCUCACACUCAUGGUCAUCGUCAUCCUCAAUCUCGCUCUCACUGUAUGGCUUCUUAAAGUCAUGGGAUUCACUUCCGAGGGUAUCGGUUCGCUAAAAGUGGUGCCUGGGGGGAUCGAGCUAAGAGGUCAGGCCGCUAUUCUAGACGCCCUCGUGGCCUCGAGCCUUAGGUCUCGAAGAGGUAAAAAUUUAGUGCUCGAAUCGUGGAGCAAUUUUACGGCCACGGCGAGGUCGCAUGAUGGUCGAUUGUUAGCGAAAUUAACCGUGGGCGAGGAUCGCGUCGACUGCAUUUCGAGAAGUUUCCGAAUAACCGAUCCACGAGGAGGAGUUCUUUUCUCCGCGAAUAGAGAACAAGUUCUGGUAGGAGCAGACAUGUUGAAGGUAACCGGUGAUGGGGGUGCCGUUUUCCAGGGCAGCGUGCAGACCCCGUUAGUUAGAGGAGAAUCUGGCAGAGGUCUCAGGUUGGAAUCUGCGACAAGAUCAUUAAAGAUCAGCGCACCUCAGCGGGUAGUGUUGGAAUCGUGGGCGAACGAAAUUUCGGCGUCUUGUUUGACCGACUUGAAAUUACAAAGCAUUCACGGUGCUAUAAAGCUCGAUUCCAAAUCCGUCUUUCUAAAAGGUCUGAAGACAGCUGUAACGGUCCAAGGACGAUCCUCGAGGGAGCAACAGCAACAACAACCAGAACAAGAGCAACAACAGCAGCAACAACAGCAGCAACCACAACAACAACAACAACAACAACAACAACAACAACGACGACAACAACGAUACGACGACGACGACGACGAUGACGACGACGACGACGACAACGACGAUGCGGAUUUCCUAGGGUUCUGCGGACAUCUAUGUGUAUGUAGCAUUGUUGCUGGCGCUACCCCGCGAUGUAUAUCUUGUAUAGCAGUGGAAACGUAACGUGCGUUUAGACAUCAGAAGCAUCAUUAAAUAACAAAAAUCUACGGCUCCUCGUCUAUCCGCUUUCCGUAAACCAUUUAAUUUCCUUUUUUUUUUUCUACAUUUUCUUUUCUUCUUAGUUCAACUUUUUAUUUUACCUCCUUUUUCUUAGACACACUGUCUUUUAUUUUCGCAAAUGAGCGAACGAAGAAGUGGUCUAACAUCGAUUACAUUGCGAGAGGUAAUCCGACAAACUCGUAUUCUCUCCUUUAGCGACGACAAACGAAUCUUUCUUCAAUGCGCGAUAAAACGCCUAAUUCGUAAUGCCAAUUAGUGGUAAAUCGUAUAAUUCAGGAUUGUUUAUUUUCGAUCGCGUUUUGUGGUAAACCUGAAGGAAAAGAAAAAAUGUAGUUAUUGUAAAAGGAUCAGGAUGCGAUCCAGCUUGUACGCUGUACGUCGGCCAUGUCCAUCUAUUUAUGUAUGUGGCAAUAAAGUCGUUAUUGUUACUAUUAUUAUUAA